AUGUAUACUUCUGCCAUACCACAAAUGUCCAAACAAGGUCUGAAAGGAGCAAGGCAACGGUUAAAUGACAUGAUUCAGGGUAUUCAACCUAAUAUGAUGGAAAUGCAACAGCCACCCGAUAUAAUGCAACCAAUACAACAGCCAUCUGAUAUGAUGCAACCAAUACAAGAGCCAUCUGAUAUGAUGCAACCAAUACAAGAGCCAUCUG